AUGGAGCCCCUCGUCCUCCUCCUCCUCCUCCUGCUGCCCCCCGCCCGGCCCCACCCCGGGCGGAUUUUGGGGGGCUCCGAGUGCCCCCCGGGGGCGCACGCGGGGCUCGUGCGGCUCUUCCAGUUUGACCAGUUCGUGUGCGGGGGGGCGCUGCUGAGCCCCCAGUGGGUGCUGAGCGCCGCCCACUGCCGGGCCAGCCACCUGCAGGUGCGCGCAGGUGAGCACAGCCUGGCGCAGGUGAGCGGCCACGAGCAGUUCGCCGCCGCCGUGGAGCUCGUGGUGCACCCGGACUUCGGCAAGGCCGCGGAAAACUCCCGAAAUCCCCAAAAUCCCGGGAAUUCUUCCGGGGAUCCCCCCGGGGAUCCCCGCGACUCCGGCCGCUCCCACGACCUGAUGCUGCUCAGGGUGGAGCCGCCCUUCACCUGCGGGCCGCAGGUGAGGCCCCUCCCCCUGCCCCAGGCCACGCCCACCCCCGGCUCCACCUGCACCGUGAUGGGCUGGGGGAGCACCAGCAGCCCCGAGGGUGCGUCCCGGGCGGUGCCACCUGUGCCAGGUGCGUGCGUGUCCCCAGAGUCGUACCCGGCCGUGCCGCAGUGCCUCAACGUCACCGUGCUCGGGGACAGCGCCUGCGGCGACGCCUACGGCGCGCAGGUGACGCCGGACAUGCUGUGCGCAGGUGUGCCCGAGGGCGGCAAGGACUCCUGCCAGGGCGACUCCGGGGGUCCCCUGCUGUGCCAGGGCCAGCUCCAGGCCGUGGUGUCCUGGGGCGAGCACCCCUGCGGUCAGCCCGGCCGCCCGGGCGUCUACGCCCGCGUCCGGCCCGCGCUGGCCUGGAUCCGGGCGGUCAUCGGCGCCUCCGCGGUGACCGCUGACCCCUCCUGCGGCCCGGAGUGA